CUCCAUGAAAGACUUUUUAAUCUCCUUCUUAGACUAAAAUUUUGAAAAAAAUGAGAGGAAGAGAUGGAGGCAGAGAGAGGAGCAAUGGUUUCGGAGCUAAGGGAAGAAGGACAGCAUGGAACUAGGAAAGAGUCUAUCAUAGGAGAGGGAUCCGACAAGAGCAAGAACUCGAGGCGGAAGCAACUCAUAGGAACAGACGGAGGAACCAAGACAUUUGGGGCUACGAUCGACGUAUAUACAACCAAGCCACUGUGUUCUUCUUCACAAACUUUCCUGACGAAUGGAGCUAUGAAAACAUGUGGCAAACUUUUCGAAGAUUUGGAAGAGUUUUGGCCAUUUAUAGCCCACCGAGGAGAACAAAGAGGGGGAGCAGGUUUGGAUUCGUCAGAUUCCUUGAGCCUGGAUACCGAAGGUCAAAGAGCAGGUGAAGCACACUUUAGAGUUCAAGGUGAAGGAGGAAGACUUAUCUUGGCUGGAAUGAUGCUACGUUGGGGUAGCUCGCUCAGUAGAGAUAAUCCCGACACUACAGGAAAAGUUCUUCAUGGAAGGCUAUUUCUCUUGCAAAGGGUUCCAGCCCAUGCGUGGAGACUAGAUUUCUUCGCCUCAAUUGGCGCAGUAUGGGGUAAAUUCAUCACUUUGGAUGACAGCACCAGUUUGAAGAAGAGAUUGGAUAUUGGACGACUUCUUAUCUCCACUAUAGCAAUGGAGUUCAUUUCGAAGGUCAUGAAUGUCAAGGUUAAUGGGGAGCCUUUCACUAUCAAAGUUAUGGAAGAAGAGGCCACAAAUGGCAUUUUUUCAAUGAAGUCCGAUCAUUUGUUUAACAUGAUGAGUGACUCUGAUAAUGAUGCUUCGGAAUCAUGGUCUGUGGAUAGCGAAUUUGAUAAUGAAAUAAUGGAGUCCGUCCAAGAAGGCGGUGGGGCUAAGGGGUUUCGGAGAUUGCUGGAUGGAAAGAUGGAAGAUGAUGACGUGGAAGAGGAUGACAUAGAGACAGACACGGAAUCAAGAGGUGAGUUGGCUCAUACCCGUUGGAAGAAAGAGCGGCAAACUGGAAAAGAAGAUCAGUUUUCGGUUGUGAAUGACGUCUCAAUUAAUGCUAAAGGUUACCAAGAAGAUUUUGCAGAUAGCGGGGAAAAGAGAAAUCAUUUUCAAAACCCCGGAAAUCUUGAUAUGACGCCAGCAGAUUGGGUAACAGUGCCUGAAACACAACCAAUCGGUCAAAAGAAACAACAUCGGAGGGAUGAGGAUGUUGGGCCUUACAAGCAUGCAAACCCAAUAGUUCAAGAUGGACGCGGGACCAAAAUAAAGGACCAAGAGAAGGAGAAUAGUAGCACCGGCUCGAGACUUCCCCAGAUGGCGCAGAAGGAGCCUAGCUUUUGGGAAGGCUUCAUGACAGAAUCAGGAACUGAAAAGGAGUGGAUGGGGCGAAAUCUCAAGAGGCUAAGCAAGUUGAGGAAGAAGAAAAGCAGAUCCUGUGUGUCGGUAUACAGACAAGGAAGAAAGGAAGAGCGGCGAAUCAAACCAGAAAAAGAGUUCAAGGAGUUAGUGAGAAGAACAUGGAGGUCAACAGAGAUCACAGGAUGGCACGAAUACUGUCUAAAAGAAAAACUAAAGGAAACAAAGAAUGUUCUGAAGGUCUGGAGUAGGAGCAUUUUGCCUGAGGUGGACUCCAACAUUCAAAAAUGCAAGGAGUCUAUUGCGACUAUGGACUUGAAAGCAGAAACAUCCGCGUUAUCGGCCGAGGAAAUCAAGGAAGAGGUGGCCAAUUAUUUCGAGAAGGUAUUCUCAGAAGACAGAUGGCAACGCCCUCACCUUGAUGGGAUUGCAUUUAAAAUGUUCUCUGAGGAUGAGAAUUCACUAUUGCUAGCUCCGUUCAGUGAAGAGGAGAUAAAGCAAGCGGUAUGGAGUUGCGACUGCUCCAAAGCACCAGGACUUGAUGGUUUUAAUUUUAGGUUCAUAAGAGAAAUGUGGGAGGAAAUCAAGGAUGAUAUGAUGGGCUAUGUGGAAGAUUUUUAUAAGCAUGGUAAACUGGUCAGAGGGAUAAACAGUUCAUUCAUCGUGUUGAUCCCCAAAGUGAUAAAUCCCCAAAAAAUAGAGGAAUUCCGUCCCAUAUCCUUGAUCGGGGUGAUGUACAAGGUGAUAGCAAAGCUCCUUGCUAAUAGACUCUGUGCAGUGGUGGACAAAAUAAUUGGAGAAAGCCAAAUGGCGUUUGUUGGAGGAAGACAAAUGGCGGACAGCAUUGUUAUUGCCAACGAAAUAAUUGAUGAAGUAAAGAGAAAGAAGAAAGCUAGUUUUGCAUUUAAAGUAGACUUCGAAAAAGCAUAUGACCAUGUGUGUUGGGAGUUUUUGCAAUACAUAAUGUCAAGAAUGGGUUUUAAAUCGAAGUGGAGAAGAUGGAUAGAUGAGUGCUUGAGAACAGUAGAGGUAUCUGUUUUGAUCAAUUGCAGCAAUACCAAACAAGUAAAAAUUAAUAAAGGCCUUAGACAAGGGGAUCCGCUAUCUCCUUAUUUAUUUUUGAUAGUAGCUGAAGGCCUUAAUGGAAUCAUCUCCUCAGCAGUUAACUGGGGACUUUUUGAGGGGAUCAGCGUUGGCAGCAAUGAAAUGAAAUGGUCACACAUUCAGUUCGCAGAUGAUACAAUCCUGUUUGGUAAAGCAGAGGAAGAGAAUAUAUGGGUAGCAAAGAGUAUCAUGAAAACCUUCGAGUUGGUGUCGGGAUUGAAGAUUAACUUCGGAAAAAGCCAGCUCAUGGGCAUAAGUGUUUCAGAUGAAUGGAAGACAAAGAUGGCUCACAUAUUGAAUUGUAAGCAAGGAGCCUUCCCUUGUAAGUUCUUAUCCCUUGGCGGAAGAAUCACACUUCUCAACUCCGUGCUAUCCAACAUUCCGGUGUACCUCAUGUCAGUGCACUUGCUCCCUAAAGGCGUGAUCCUCAGCCUUGACAAAAUUCGUAGGAACUUCCUAUGGGGGGGUGAGGAGGGGAAGAGAAAAACCAGUUGGGUUUGUUGGGAUACGGUAUGUAAAAGCAAAAUGGAGGAUGGGCUCGGAGUUAAAGAGUUGAGAAGCUUCAAUCUCGCAUUGUUGGGCAAGUGGUGGAGCAGAUUAGCAAGCGGGAAUGAUGGCCUUUUAUAUAGGAUCAUUGAAGGAAAAUAUGGGAGCAUGGAUGGCCAUUGGCUUGAGUGGGUUCAAGAGAAUAGCCAUAAGGGAUCUAGUUGGUGGAGGAACAUUUGCAAGCUAGACCACAUUGCGCAGAAUAAAAGGGGAUGGCUUAGUGACGGAUUCAAACUUAAAAUGGGAGAAGGGAACACUGGAAAGAAGAUAGAAUCUGUAAUAUGGACAAAUGGAGGGAUGGCAAAUGGGAAUGUACAAGAGCAGAAAGACCGAUGGGAGUGGAAGCAUGAUAAAGAUGGUGUGUAUGCAGUCAAAACAGCAUACAAUGUGCUCUCAAGCAAUAAUGGACAUGGGAAAGCAUGGAUUUACAAAAGGAUAUGGAGCAGAUUAGUCCCAACAAAGGUCAGUGCCUUCGCUUGGCAAGCCAUACAAGACAGAAUCCCCACUAAAAUCAACUUAUUCAGAAGGGGCAUUAUCACUGAUCCUAACCAAGUGCUAUGUGGAUUGUGUGGGGAAAGCUCAGAAGAUAGCAAUCACCUGUUUAUUCACUGCAGAAAUACUUGCCCGGUGUGGCAAAAAUGCUUGCAAUGGUGGGGGAUUUCAUCGGUUAUGCCUAAUACAUGCCAUGAAUCUUUUGAGCAACACCAUUCCUAUUUCAAAGAACCAUCAGUGAGAGCAGGGUGGGAUGUGGUCUGGCUAGCAUUCAUAUGGUCUAUAUGGAUGGCAAGCAAUGGAAAGAUUUUUAAGAACUCUGAGUAUGAAGUCAACAGAAUUUUUGAACUUGUUCAACUCAGAGCUUUCAACUGGAUCAAAGGUAAAACAAAUGGUUAUUCUUUUAACAUGUACGAGUGGAUGAUGGAGCCCGUGUUGUGCGUAAAAGCUAAACGGAAGAAGUAACCCGAACUUGCAAGGACGAAAUGUUUCUGCAGGUAUUUUUGUGACUGAACAGUUCUGAACCUCAGCUUGCAGCUGAAUGGUUCCGAUAGGGUCAGGAACAGAGCUGCUGGUUUUUGUCCAGCUAUUGUAAUUUGUUUAAGGGCAGGGGUACCCCUUGUACUCCAUGAAAUACAAAUCUUUUUGCUGU